GCCCAGCGGCUGAAGGCGACGAGGGGCGCGACGGGACUCCAUUUCCCAUCGUGCCUUGGGCCGGCGCGCCUAACGGAGGCGGCGGCGGCGUGUGAGCUCGUCGGCUCCUAACCGUGGCCCGCCGGACUGCGGCACGGCUUCCUCAGCCGCAUCCCGGGGCGCUGUCCCUCCCCUACACGCACCCGGGCGAGCCGAGGAGCCGGCGCCAUGGGCGGGGAGGAGGAGAUCGUGCGGAUCGCCAAGCGGCUCGACAAGAUGGUCGCCAAGAAAAGCGCAAGUCCCUGAUGGUAGUCCCUGAUGGAGUUCUGAGUCUGGGGCCCUUACGCUCUGCCUUUGAAAACAGGGAUAGGGAUCCUCUGGACCUCCAGACUACAACUUUUGGUCAAAAGGAAGGGGCAAUGGAUUUGCUGAAGGAACUGAAAAGUAUGCCAAUAACUCUGGAUUUGCUGCAGUCUACUCGCAUUGGAAUGUCUGUGAAUGCGCUCCGGAAGCAAAGCACAGAUGAAGAUGUGAUCACGCUUGCCAAAUCGCUUAUCAAGGCCUGGAAGAAACUCCUUGAUGCCUCAGAGGAUAAGAGCGAUGAGAAGAAAAAGAGUUCCUCCUUGCCAACUUCCUCCUCAAAGGAGAGUGGCGACUCACGAGACCAAAGCUCUGCCAAAAGACAGGACCCUCCGAAGACCCCAACCACUCCCAAAAUCACCACCUUCCCACCACUGCCUGUCACGUGUGACACGGUGCGCAACAAAUGCAGGGAAAUGUUGACUUCUGCUCUACAGACAGACAAUGACUAUGUGGCCAUCGGUGCUGACUGCGAACAGCUUGCGGCCCAAAUUGAAGAAUUUAUAUACCAAGAUGUCAAGAACACAGACUUAAAGUACAAAAACCGUGUCAGGAGCCGGCUCUCCAACCUGAAGGACUCCAAGAAUCCUGACCUCCGAAAGAACGUCUUGUGUGGAGUAAUCGCUGCAGAGCAAAUUGCAGUGAUGACCUCAGAGGAAAUGGCCAGCAACGAGCUGAAAGAAAUCCGGAAAGCCAUGACCAAGGAGGCCAUCCGGGAGCAUCAAAUGGCUAAGACGGGAGGGACCCAGACUGACCUCUUUACCUGUGGGAAGUGCAAGAAAAAGAACUGCACCUAUACCCAGCCUUUGUCAACUCCCAUCAGGAUGGCAGUUAGAGUCCAAAACAUUUGGUGCAAACCCGUAGUUCAGAUGAACCAAUGACCACUUUUGUUGUGUGUAAUGAGUGUGGGAACCGCUGGAAGGCCUCUUGUGUUCACGGGUUCCACCCUUUCCUCACCAAUACUCCACAGCAGCAACAAAAUUGAAAUCCCGUCAUCCUGCAAAGAAAACCCUCCUCGCUGCUUCUGUGAGCUCUGCCCUUUUACCCACCUGAGCAGAAAAGACUUUUUUGGGGGAAAUCGCUGGCCUCUUUGUUGACCCCCUCAAUCCCACCAACCUCUUGCAGUUCUGCUGAGACAUCUCUGACGGGAGCAGCAACGACCGAUGCUGGGCCACAUCUCCGCCACGCAUUCCCCCAAGACCGCCAGCAAAUUUUGUACUGUUUUCGUUGCCGAGUUUGCUUUGUGCUCUGUACAUCAUCCAGGCGAAGAGGGCCCAGCUGUCUGCACGCCUGUGGAAAGAGCAGCAGCUGGGAAUGGAGGCCAGGAGGGCGCCAGGUGGAGAGUUCGCGUGGACUGACCCAUCUUUGGAGUUUCUCGUCCUAAAUCAGUAUUUUGUGAGGGUUUGGAACAGUAUUAAACGUUUUUUGUUUGUUUUUUUAAAAAAGAAAUUUGGCCAGGUGUCUAGUCUUGAACCUCGAGCAUGCAGUAGCUUCUUCUGACUUUCCUUGGGUCAGGUGGCCUCUUUCAAAAGCUAAAACGUUCACUUGCUAGUACAGAGGCAGAAGAAGGCCCCGUUUGCAAGACGUAGGAGGCCGUAUUAGCUGCAACUGCUGUAACGGCCAUUUAUGCCACUGCAGAAUGAAUCCUAUGCCUGUACGACAGAUUUUCAUCCAUUUCAAACCUGCCCGGAGCCCAGACAGUUCGUAAUCAAGACUUCUUGGCACGUUUAUCAAACUACAACUCUUUUGGGGGUCACAGUGAAACCAAUUUCAAAACAGUUUAAAUAUACCUUCUCCAGGACUAGGGCUAGGCUGUAAGACAAGACCCCCUCAGCAAAGGUGUUCCCUUUUGUCAUGAACCAAGGAGCAGGUGCUGCAAGAAAAAGGAGAGGGGGGGGGAUGGAAACAGAGCAGUGAAGCCCACCCGAGGAAAAAUGUCAUGAGGACUGCCUUCUUUACUAGGCAGGACUUGGCACUGCGGUACAAAAAAAGCAGAAAAAGGCAGGCUUCCUUCUCUUGCUUUGCCAUCCAACUUCCUGGUUGUCCAUUUUAAGCUGUGCACCAAACCUUCGGGUUUACCUACUCUACACAUAUCAGUUUAACUGCCAUGGCUCGUCCCGUGGGAAUGGUAGUUUGUUGAGAGUGCUGAGAAUUCUGUUUUGAGAUCCCUAGCCUUUCGCAGUGAGUUGCAGCAUUCCUAGUUUGUAAGCAGUAAAGAUGCUACUGCCCUCUGCUGGGCAUUCACACAGCAACCUCUGAGAAAGGGUUAGAGACCAUCUCCCAGUCGAGGUGGGUGUGCGUCUGCGCGUGCGCACGCUGGUCCACUGGGUGCAUGACAGAAAGGAGCGCAAGCUCACGCUAGAACAGAUUGACUGAUUUGGCCAGCAUGUGCAAAGUGUUAUCAGCACAGGAGUGUCUGAGGUUAGGACAGGCGAGUCCUCAGGUGCUGAGGGAAAGGUCAGAUGGGCCCCUGACAAGUGGAGUUGUGGGGUGUUAUGCUGAAGACAUUUCAAGCGGAUGGAGGGGAAAGCGCAGGCAAUGGCUUGCUUGGGCUGUUUAAAGGGCUUGAAAAGCCAGUGCUGGAUUCCAGGAAAAGGGCUGCAAAUGGGACUUGAUACCAUCACUUCCAGCCAGCCAGUGUAGCCAAGGGUGGGAUGGGGAAAGCAGUGAGGGUAGUACCAGUGAGUGCAAGAAUGCAGGUUGGGUGGUGACGGUGGUCAGAAAGCUUCACGGGACGAGAGCACACAGCGCUUGGACUGCAUCUGCCACCCUCGGCUGCAGCGAGUGACCUGUGCCUAUUUUUGCCCCGACCCUCCCUUUCGUGUGCUCCAUGUGCAGUUGCAAAUGAACAAAACAAUAAAAGAUGAUGCCGCAAGCUGUUCAUAUGAUGCACCCGCAUAUAAAUUCUGAAACAUCAAAGCCUCUCCUCAGAAAUCAACCACACCUUGAUAGGCAAAAUUGAGUCUGAAGAGUUGGCACAAUUUGCACAGCAGUAGUUUGCGUUUGGUAGCUGGGGCCUGGCAGGAUUCCCUUUGAAGGAGAGGGCAGGCAUGAGAGUGAGCCAUUACUGAGAACAAGAAAUGUGCUUUUUGGCUUUUAAACAAAUAGCAGUUUGAAGCCAUCUGUGCAACAAGCCACCUGGCUGGUAGCAACUCAAGCUACAGGCGUGACCCUCUCUGGCACCAUUCUGCCUUUCAAGGGCCAGCAGCCCCACAAUUAGAGUUGGUCUGCAGCCUGUUCCUCCACACCUGUUCUUUGUCACCCAAGGGGCAACCAUGAAGGUGCUUAAAAUACAGGAAUGGCUUUACAGCAUCUCUCUCGUCUGGCUGCACAAGAGGAUCCUGAGCUGUCCCUUGACAAACAUUCCCUCUCCCUUCCCCUUUGAUGGAACGACAAAUGCCAUUAAAAACGUAACAAUAAAA